GAUUGGUUACAGGGGUUGCCUGUCAACCUAUUGUGAUGUUCACGCUGGUGGAAUGCGGUGUAGCGAAUUUUCUGACACUUUCAGAUUGUUACGCAAUUUCCAGGUGAUUCUCUUUUGCCUGUCGAGGGGGCGCUUGGUCACGGUUUAAAAAGUAUACACUUUACAACUGUAUUUUCCCCCCAGUAAUUUCUCCGGGGACUGUAGCCUGCAGAGGUGCUGUAGAAAGGUGGGGGUGUGGAAAUAGUCUGGACGACAGCGCUGCCGACUCCACUUUGACCUGUUCCGAGUAUGGCCCUGAGGCAAGCAGCUCGGAGCUUCUUGGGCACUGCCAGGCGCACGGCCACUGUCAGCAUCUUGAGGACACAGGGGACGGCGAAAGCCUUCAAAGAGAAAGAUGAAAAGCUGGAAGAGCAGAAAAUUGCCAAAAUGCCUAAGAUCCAGUUUGACUGGCGUGAUCCUCUGAAUCUGGAAAGCCGGCUGACUGAGGAAGAAAUUCUCAUUCGAGACACUUUCCGCCAGUAUUGCCAAUCAAAGCUGAUGCCAAGGAUUCUUCUGGCAAACCGAAAUGAAGUGUUUCAUCGUGAAAUCCUAUCGGAAAUGGGAGAUCUGGGUGUAUUGGGAUCGACCAUUAAAGGUUAUGGGUGUGCCGGUACCUCAUACGUAUCCUAUGGACUGAUUGCACGGGAAGUGGAGCGGGUGGAUAGCAGCUAUCGGUCAGUAAUGAGUGUCCAGUCCUCUCUGGUAAUGCAUCCAAUCGCGGCCUAUGGCACAGAAUCACAGAAACUAAAGUACCUCCCAAAACUAGCCAAAGGAGAAUUGUUGGGCUGCUUUGGUCUAACAGAGCCAAACCAUGGAAGUGACCCUUCAAGCAUGGAGACCAAGGCAAGAUACAACAAAAGCAGUGACACUUACACACUAAAUGGAUCAAAGACCUGGAUUACUAACUCGCCGAUGGCUGAUAUCUGUGUGGUCUGGGCCAAGUGUGAUGAUGGGAAGGUGCGAGGAUUUAUUCUUGAGAAUGGGAUGAGGGGCUUGACAACGCCAAAGAUCGAAGGGAAGUUCUCACUGCGAGCGUCUUUGACUGGGAUGAUUCUGAUGGAGGAUGUGGAGGUGCCAGCGGAAAAUCUGCUGCCAGGUGCGGUGGGCCUCUCGGGUCCUUUUGGGUGUUUGAACAAUGCUCGGUAUGGAAUUGCUUGGGGAGCCCUGGGAGCUGCAGAGUUUUGUUUGGAAACAGCCAGGCAGUAUGCAUUGGACAGGAUUCAGUUUGGAGUUCCCAUCGCUAGAAACCAACUCAUCCAGAAGAAAAUGGCAGACAUGUUGACUGAGAUCACACUGGGUCUUCAUGCCUGCAUCCAACUGGGUCGAUUAAAGGAGGAAGACAAGGCUGCUCCUGAAAUGAUCUCCAUGUUGAAGCGAAAUUCCUGCGGGAAAGCUCUGGAUAUUGCCAGGCAAGCACGUGACAUACUGGGUGGAAAUGGGAUUUGUGAUGAAUACCAUGUCAUUCGCCACGUCAUGAAUCUGGAAUCUGUAAACACUUACGAAGGUACUCACGAUAUCCAUGCCCUAAUUCUUGGCAAAGCCAUCACAGGUCUGCAAUCUUUCACCGUACAGAAAUAGUCUUAUUUGGCUACAUGAUUUCUGAAAAUCAGCACUUUUUGGUUAGUCUGUUUUCAACCAAAUUCUACGUCAGCACAUGGUAUGUCUGCUGUUUUGAAUCACUUGGCCUCUUCGGAAAAAAAAUCCUUCUUGUCCUAAUUGUAGAAUCCUAGCACAGAGGGUAAACAUUUGGCUGCCUGAUUUUCGAUAGAUCUAUUUGAUUAAUCCUGCACUGUGCUCUUUCCCCAAAACUCUUAAUUUUCUCCCUUUCGAGUGUUAUCCAAGUACCUUUUGGACAUUACAGAUUCUGUUUCACCACCAUUGAGUGCAUUCCAGAUCAUAACAUUGAAGAAGAAAAAUAACACGAACUUCCCCCGUUCUUUUCCUAAUUAAAUACAUUUUUUUAAAAAUGUAAACUUGUAAGAUCUAACAGGGGAGCACAAACACACAAGGAUCUAGGAUCAAAGAAUAACAUUCAGAAGGUAACUAUAAAGUUCAUAGUUUGUAUUUGUUCUUUGCUACAGCAAUUCAUAGCUAAUUUCACUAAUCAUUCUCUCCCUAAACUUUAUAUCCUCCCGAUUUUAACUUUAAGCACUUGGAGCAAGAGAGGAUAUAAUUUGAAACAAUUUUGUUCUUUAGUUCUGCUUUUGAAUUGAUAAUUCAGCACUUUAGGUUUGCCCUAAAAAAAUUUAAAUGGACAACCUUCAACAAAUCUUAUAUUUUCUAUUGGAGUUUUUUAAAGGUUUUUUUUUCCUUUUUUGCCUUAUUCUUCACUUCAGCAUGGAGUCAGACCUCUUAUUCGAAACCAUUAACAUGUUUUAAGUUCACUUCACUUGUGCAGAAAAUCCAACGCCUCUGUAUCUGAAUUUGAGUGAUCUGAGAAAGGAUUAACACUACAUUAGACAAAUGCUGAAAUGUUAAUUCAUUCAUCUGUGCCUUGGAUUUUUUUUUAAAAAAACUACAUAAACAGAAUGCCAUUAAUCACACACUUUAAAUUAUGUUGACAAUUUGCUGCUUACCCUGGCCUAACACCCCCUAACAAUGCACAUAUUUAUAAGAUGACAGGGUAAGUUUUUUUUAAUGCUUCUAUUAUUUGUAAUUAUGUUACUUUCCAUGUCGAAUGGGAAAGACGAGGACUCUCAGCCUUUCCCUCUGCAUUUUGUCCUCCUCUAAUGAACCUAGAUUCCCUACAUAUGGAAUCCGUCAUCUUAUUUGUCACUAAUGGUUUGAGUGUGUGAGGAAGAAAGAAAAUCAAACCCAAAAAUUGUGCAACCCAGUUUAAAAAUUACAAAAUUCUCUCAUAUAAAUUAGAAGCAUUUCUUGAUAAAAGAUCUAGUUUGGUCUUCAGAGCUCAGAUGGUUAUUUUGAACUAGACUGGCUCAAAAUACAAGAGUAGAUAUGUGACUAGAAGUUCUUUAACAUUGGGUUGAACUGGUUAAAUUCCACAGAGACGCCGGAGUUAUUUGAUUGUUAACUCUGUGGCUUUGAGUGGAGUGUCUCUACUGCAAGAGUAAGAGAGCAGUAGACAUUUCAAGCAGGAACUGAGGAUUUCAGAUGAUCAAAAGGAAGGAAAAUAUUUUUGACAUGAGAAACACUUUUUUUUUUGAAAAAGUUUGCCUGAAAUGAUUACUAGCUGACAAGAUCUGUACCUGUUUUGAGGAUUGACACUUUGAGAUCAGUGUACAAAACCAACUAAUCCCUUCUCACUGACACUCUGACCAACUUGUGCAAAGUUUUCUUUACAUUCAACUGCCAGAUAUGGUGGAAACCUGAAAUUGUCAGGGGUAUAGAAGCUUGAGGGUUUCUUUUUUUGGUCCCUUCUUAUGGAACUGAGAUGCUUCUCCUUUUUGGCAAUUCCUACUCCAUCUCCCACUAAGAACAAAAGUUGACUAUGUUGAUGUUCAGCCCUACCCGACAUGUAUGACAAUGUGAUGGUAAAUGGUGCUGUAUCACCAUCUCCUUUGAAAACUUGUCAAUGUUGGCACUUCAAAAAAAUAAGAACCUAACAAUAAAUAUGCAGUUUGCAGGUGUUUCUAAAGCAAAUGUCCCUUCUGUAAACCUUGUAACGUAUGAACAUUUCAGAAUGUAUUCAAUAAGCCACUGUCUACUGCUGAGCCCUGGGUUACUUCAAUUGAGUUCAGUUUUUUUGUUUCUCCCCAGCCCCAAAAAAGGGAAGCUCCAAUUCUUAACAACUUCUGAGAUCUGCAGAACUGAAAAGUCAUGGUUCUCUUUGUAGACAUGGUUGUUCAUUUUGUUGCUAGGACUUGAACAUAAUUCUUUUGUCCCUAAUGUCCCAGUCAUUUUUGCUCCUAGAAUAACCAACUUCAGUACUUUUCCUUUUGUUCACAAGCAAUGGGUGUAAUUUGAAGUUGGGUAUCUAGCCCAUGAAUAAGCAGCAGAGAUCAGACAUUCACGUGGACAUGUGGCUAGGGAUGGUGCUGUUCCUAUAGGCCAGGGGAAUGGGAGGACAAGUGGGUGAAAGUUCCUAGGAGUACAAACCUGGAGAUUCUUCUGAUUCUGACUGCUGAUGUGUGAACUCAAUGAAGAUCAGCCUCCCAUCUGCAACAACUUGGACAUUACAGCGCCACAAGAGACCACUAUUCAAACGUCCUGCUGAAAUUAAUCAGUAUGUGAAAGAAGAGAUUCUAAUCACUGCAGGUUAAUUGUUUAUUUUCUAAAUAUUACACACUAUUGACUUUUAUGUCACUGCGACUGCAAAUAAAUGGAUUUGUUUUAGCCUGUA